AUGACAAAGCGUUUGCGAUGCCUAGCUUCAAUACUUUGGGACACAGAUGAGGAUCCGCCAGUGCUGGACGAAGGGGACAGUGUUUCAUCCCAACCAUCCAAGUCUGAUAGGGGAAUUCCGUUGUUGCCCUUAUGCCAGAGACCCAGAAUUUCAGCUUGCGGCGACAUUCUCCAAGACUGGCCCACCCAAGUCUGGCUAUCAUCCUUGCCAGCGCAGAUUCAGGAAUUGCCCAGGCUUCAGCUGGAGAUUUUGCCAAGUUUGCAGGAAACGUCUAGCUGUGGAGGUCGAGGACAGAGUUUGUAUAGGAGGACUGACUUCAACUUCGUGCCGCGACCCAUGUCUGAGCUAGUCCCUCCUGAGAGACUGGCAUCUCAAUCCAAAAGCACGGAUACUUUGCUGUAUGGUCAGAGGGUCUUGGCUAACCAGAGUGUCAAGCUGGAACAAACAGAAGACUUGGAUGCUAUGAGAAAAGAACUGGAGGAGAGCAAUACGAAACGAUGUAAGGAACUCGAGCAGCUCAAGGCACAGUCUGGUGGCGUGAAUGCCUCUCCUCAUCAGUCCACUACGACACCGGGCAAGAUAGCCAAAUUGAGGCGUAAGACCUCAGAUGGUGGCCUGGUUGAUCCUAUGAAGCUUAAUUUUGAAGCAGAACCUACCCACGAAGGAGGCUCUGGGAGUGCACCGGAUGUCACAGAUUGCAUGCGAGAGGAACUGCAUCGGCUGAGAUACGAGAAUCUCUCGUUGAAGGGUCGAGUGGAGGAAAUCACGAAUCGACUGGAGGCCUUCAGUAUGCAAGAUACCAUACCUGCAUCUCCUGGCAUUCAUCCCAAGGACUUCCAUGACGAGGAGAAAUUUGUCCGCGCUGUCACGGUGACUCUCAAGCGGGAGGAGGAAGUGGCCUUUAAGGUCAAGGCCCAGUUCGCGAGUGAAGACACUAUGUGGGACAAAUAUGAAUCGAAAAUGACCUACUGGUUCGAAGAGGACUUGUCAGCCGAGUACACCAAGAUCCAAUCGCGUGCUCAUCAUGAACGUGCUGAAUAUGAAUAUGAGGCUGAUGCUAUCGACACCAUCCUUGACACAUCAGCCCCCAUGCAGUUGGAUGCAAGAGAUGCCAGAGCCAUUUCAGGAUCUACCACUCUGUUGGCCCAGGAGGCUCUGACCUUGGAGAUGCGUUCCAAGAGCAUACCGAUGCCGAAGGCCCCAGCAAGCCGCUGCAAGAGAUUCGCGCAGAGUGCUCUCAAAGAAUGUGGUGAUGUUUUAGGUUCAGAUGCCUUGAGGCGUCUCGGAAAUGUCAAAUGCAUCAAGAAUGCAGAACGUGAUCUGCAUGUCCUCAUCCGAAAGUACAAAUUGACCUUACCAUUGAAGCCUCGGUUCUUGGUGGUUGGAGGAGUUGAAUAUCCGUACCUGAGCCUGCACAGCUGGAUGAACUACCUCCUAGACCACCAGUCAAAGUUUCUGCUAGGCGGUUUCCACUGGACCGAUGUCAACUCACAGGUUCUCCUCAACACAUUCUGGGAGAACCUUCACAAGUGCUGGCCGGACCACAAGGUCUUCGAGAUGCAUGCUGGCAAUUUGGAUCGAGUGAUACCAUUUUUCCUGCAUAUGGACGAAGGCACCGGACUCAGGAAAACUGCAGUACUUGUGAUCUCGGCCCAGUGUGUGUGGGGUGUGGAGACAGCAGACAGGUUCAAUGCGAGCUAUGCGGCUGCCGGCUCUCACUCUGACCAGAUUGUUUCAGAGAUGAUGUCCGAUGCGCAAAUGCACAACCACAAGGGAGAUACACACAAGACCAGAUUCCUAUGGACAAUACAACCGAAGAAAGCAUACUCCGGGAAGAACAAAGAAGUCUAUGAGAAGCUUCUGGAACAGUUGUCCUCUGAAUGCUGUGACCUGAUGGUCAAUGGUGUCCAACAUCAUGACCAGACCUGGUACUUUGCAUGUUGUGGCAUGAAAGGAGAUGCACCAGCUUUAGCAAAAUGUGGCCACUUCAACAGAGCCUUCAACACGAUGGGAAGGGAGAAGGGAAUCUGUUUUGAGUGCCUGGCAGGGACAAGCGGAAUUCCGUGGGAAGAUACAGGUCGCUUUCCCAACUAUGCACAGACAAUCGCACUGACACCUCCUUGGACAAAUCCAAGUCCCUUGCUGGAUAUCCCUGGGCGAAUGUACCAUCCAGAAAGCUUCUACCGCAAAGACCCCUUCCACAUUUUCAAGCAGUCGAUUGGUGGUCACUUUGUCUCAAGCAGCAUAAUCCUACUUGGAGAGCUUGGUUACUGGCCAGGACCAUCAAAAAAGGUGGACAGCUUUUUGGAACGGGCGUAUCAAGACUUUGAUCAUUUCGUCCGCAAGGAGUACAGUGGGAAGCAAGUGGCCCACAUCAAGAUGUUCACCAAGGGGUUGCUACAUGUUCCUACUGUGGACUCCUACCCCAGUGGGAGGUUCAAAGGCAGUGACCUUAUGCUCAUGUGCAGGUGGCUCCGUCACAUGCUUUCGAGUGGGAUUGUCACAAAUCCAGAUGUGGGAAGGCAGGGCCCCGGUCCAAUGCAUUCACCACUCCAGCCUUGGCACGGACCUUUCUGGAAGCUGAUCCAUGAAGCCAGCGAUGCAGGCAUCCAGUUUUUCCACUUCAUGUAUAGGAAUGGAGUGUGGCCCAAGGCCGAUGUUGUAAAGAAGAUGGGUGAGUGCAGCCUUGUGUUCUGCCAGUGCUACAGCAAAUUGGCCAAGGAGGCUCACUCAAGAGGCCUAUCCAGGUUUCAUCUAGAACCCAGUUUGCACUACUGGCAUCACUUUUAUACCGAACAUCAGAUUUGUCUUGACCUUGGCAUGCAAAGAAUUUUAUCUCCAGCUGUGUCCUCCUGCGAAAUGGACGAAGAUUUCGUCGGAAAGCAGUCGAGGCUGAGCCGCAAUGUUCAUGCAACUUCGCAGUCAAUUCGAACGAUUGAAAGGUACUUGAUUAAGUGCCAUUUCGUGUUUGUUGAGAAGAGUGCGCGCUGA